AAAAAAUAACAAAAAAUUUCACCAUUUCUUCUUCAAAUCUUCUUUGUUUUAUUUUUUAUAAUUGCAAAAUUGUUUUCUUCUUCAUCUGAUUUGCCUGAUUUGUAUACUCUUCAUUUCAAUAAUUCACAUUUAUAUGAAAAAAAAUCUACAAUACUCUAUCAAUCCUCUUAUCAGUUUAAUUAACAGCUUUGUAAAGUGUUGAUAGAACAAAAAAAGAAAAACCAAAUCUUCUAAUUUCGACGACGACGAGAUGUAAAAUCAUAUAAAAAUGGAAAACAAUACAAUUGAAUUUUAUCUCAGUAUUCUCGAGAGAGAUACUGCAUUUUUAUUCGAGAAUUUCAUUAAAGAUUUCCACAGCUACAAUAGAAACUACGAUCUACAAACCUCAUUAGCAAAAUGUAUUCUCCGCAAACCCUUCCCCACCAUAAAAAUCCUCGAUACCGUAUUAAAACAACAUCCAGAUAGUCGAGACCUCGUCAAUCACAUUAAACGUCUAGCUGUACAAAUCUUCUUCGAAUCCACCCCAGACGAUGACAGAGAAUUGAAAUUCAUAAAUCUCCUUGUUAAUCUUGAACAACCCGAACCAAUUCUUAAACAAAAAUCUGACAAUAUUAUUGAAUUGGGUAGAAAAAUCGGUGACCAUUUUUAUAUGGGUUUACUGGCAAAUAGUAAUCUCGAUUUUUUGCUCUAUCCCGCCUUUUCCAAACAAUCUAUUGAUUAUUUCGCCAAAGAAGUGAUUCUUUGUGAGACUCUGAAGAAUGAGGCACACUUUGUUACGCUUGCCAUUCAGAAGCAAAAGAAUUUCGCUGACAUCACAACCGACAGUUACAUGCGAAAUGCUCUAAUUCUAGCCAAAGUUUCCAAUGAAUUCAAUUCAUUGAACCAAUCAAUUGAUGAGGUGGGAAAUCUUAAGAAAAUGUUAGAAUUGUACGAUUGCCAGGAAGCAUCUGAGAUUCAAAAUAUAUUUUUCAACGAUUUUCGUCGACUCGGCAACAAUAUUGAAUUCUUGCGCAAAUACAAUUCUUCAAUCAUUCCCAUCGGAACACUAAUUGAAACAAAUGGAAUUCUUCCAUUAAUCUAUGACCACAAGAAUAUUAUUCUUGUGGGUUAUGAUGAGAUCCGUCAGGUGAUUGAAUCUAAUCACACAUUCGAGAGUCAAUCGAAUGUCCUGCCCAGCAUGAGAGAUUCCGAAUUGGAAACUCUUACAUACUUUUUUGUUUUAGCUGGUGUCUAUGAUGUCAUUAUAAAUCGUAGCAAGAUCUAUGAACAAUUCUAUGAAUUUGCUCAGGAAAAGAUAAGUCGCCUGAAAGUUAUCAUUCGACAAAUUCGGAAUAUUGAUGUUCUGUGUAAUUUAAUGGAAGACAUCUUUCAAUUGGUUUUCUUGCGCUGGGAGCAUUUAGACUCACCGACAGCUAGUCGACAAUUUGAUAAGAAAAAAUCCACCUCUAGCACUGAUGCUGCAGAAACUCGAGCUGAAGGAGUGCUCUGCGGUGCUGGUGGACGACAUGGAUUUAUUUGUCAGGGAGCCGCUCUCAAGUUUAUCUUUAGUUUUCUUAAACAUUUCAUUACACAAAAACUACACAGCGAGGAGUAUAAAAUUUGUUCGGAGAGGAUAAAAUUGCGUUUCACCAGGGUUAUGGAUUGCAUCAAUGAUGGACUAUGGAAGUAUUCAGUGCUAGAGAAAAUUUCAGACACCGAAGUGGAAAGUUUUCAGUUGGAAGCAGAAGAUUUAUUACAACUGGUUCAGUUGCAUAGGGAAAAUAUUGAAAAGACCAGCAGUGAGGAUGAGAGCAAGGAAAGAAUCAACUAUGCUAGUUUGUCUAGACGAAAGGCUAAGAAACGUAGAAGAGCUACGUUUGGAGGUGGUGAACAACAGCGCAUCGGGGUGGGAGUUCCUCAGAGGAAGGAUAUCAUCAAAAAUAAUGGAAAUGUAGGUGUUCCAUUGACAGACAUAACCAAUAGGAAGAGUAUUAUACCAAAUAUGUUGACCACACCAGAGAAUCUCGCCAUUAUGGCUUUAGCUAUGAAGAAUUUCAACGAUGUUAAGUAUAUAAUCCAGACUUUCAAUUUGCAAAACACCGAACUCAAUCGAGAAUUAAAAUUCGUCGAGAAUCAACAACACACCAAACGGAAACUAGAAUCCAUCUACGAAAGCUAUUUGCAGCAAGAAAUUCAAACCAAAGAUCCUCAAGCCACUGUGGAGAGAAUCAAAAAAGCCGCUGCUAAAGGAUUUGAAGCUUCGAAAAUAAUCAGCAUCGUUGACAAUUUCGCCAAUGCCAAUACAUUCGAAUGCAGCGAUGAAAUUCAAACGCUGUUGGAAAAAUAUUCCCAUAGCUAUCCAUUCCUACAGCAUUAUCAAGGACCUAAUGUUCGAGCGGUUAUUGCAGCUGAUUUGAUCCUGAAUUUAAAUACCAACUAUGAUAUAAUAGCGAAUAUUGUUCCGGUGAUAAGAAGGAUGUGUAAACUGCCGAAAAUAUCAUCCUCGUUGUCGGUUAAUUCGGGACUGCCCAGUGAGAUGGGAUGUUUGAAUUUCUUAGACAAUAUCUGUGAGUGUAUGAGACUGAUCAAGUCCUACAAUCGCCCAGACAUUGGUCUGAAAGAUCUACUUUGCAAUAGUUUCUAUUCACUGAAACCUAAAAAACUCUCUAUCGAGUUGCAACGUGAUAAGAUCUUUCAGAAUAUAUUCUCCAAAUCCGAUGGUGAUUUGCAACGCAUCGAUGACCUAAAAGCACUAGCCAAUGACUUUGCCGACCUUAAGACAAAAUUCAAUUAUUUCACAAGAUUUUUAUCCUACAUUGGUCAUCUAUCGAAAUUCCUACAAAUAAGAGACAAACAGGCAGAAUUCUUUACUACAGCUUUGUUAAGAUUCGAUCCUAGCGAUAUAAUUGGUGAAUUAAUAUUCGAAGAGAACAUGACACCACUCGAAAUCGAAUCUCAUGUGGUGGCAUUGAAUUUGAAUUUGAUUCAUGUGAUUGCUCUGAAUAUUUGUCCAGAGAUUUGUGGCAAGGAACGCAAACCAUCCCGACAUAGCAGGAUAACCAAAGAAAAAUAUCAAUCCAUCUUUAAUUACAUCUCGAAUCAGAAUGCUCUAUUGGGGUAUAUUUUGCAAAAAAUCCAAGAUUCUUCGCAGACGUAUUGCAGCACCAUGAUGAAUGAUGAAUAUUUACACAGAUUCAUUCAGUUUGAAAGUGUUGCAUGCUUAUCGAAGAUCUAUGAUGACAGUUCUGUUAUUGCUGGGAUUCUCUCGCAUAACAUCGACAGAGUACGAAUGAGAAAGUUAAAAAAGAAAGUUGAAAUCUAUGACAUUUUACAAAAUUGUCAAGAACAGGCAAGGGACAGAGAAGCACAUUUGAGUGAAAAAGACAAAGUCAUCAUAGAUCUAAUAGCCGAAGAUACUAAAUAUGUUUACUUGGCUUCUGAUAUUGAGAACAUUAACACCCGAUCGAGUUUGAUUUUCAAAAAUUUCACAAGAGUUCCGAGUUCGUGUUUGGCCAAGGAUCUUAUUGAAAGUACCUUAUUGCAUUGGAAUGCUAAAAACAUUGACAAAGAGUUGAGAAGCAAUUUGGAAAGAACUCUCUUAGAUAUUAGCAUAUAUUCAGAGGUAUCGUCAGUACUUGAAUUUGAAUCGUGGCCACAAGCUUAUGAUUUCGGCUUGAAAACACCCAACAUUAUUUUACAAAAACUUCUCUCCCAGGGACAUUUUAAGCUAUGCUACGAUUGGUGUUGUGUGGUUCAACUAUCCAUAUCGUUUGAUCAUCAAAUAAAAUCCUUCUUUGCAACGUUCCUCGAAAUUCUCGUCCAGCUUGAGGACGAUUUUGAUCGACAUAUUGUUCAAACUAUCGAAACCUUCCCUCAGUUGGAAGUUUGUCAAUUUUACGAUGCCAAUAAGCAUAAAUUUCGCUCAGUUAAUUUGCUCAAUUAUGUUAUAGAUUUCCUCAACAAUAACAUAAAGAAUACAACGCAUUUGCGAAACUAUAAAGUUUCUUUGAAGAUUUUCGAACAACUGACACCAAUGGAACGUGAUCAAAAUUGGAAUUUAUUAAGUAAACCAUUACUUAUUGUUGAGCAAUUAAUUAUGAAUGUUAAGUUCAAAGAAGUCGCUAGUAUAUUGGAUGCAAUAAGGCCACUUUUAGAGGAUAAUCAAAGUAAUUGCCUAACAGUUGGUGGAUUGUGUAAAUAUUGUUUUGAUAAACGUGGAAAUAUUUACGAUAUUCACUCGAAAAAGUCAACUAAUUUUACUCUGGGGAAUGAGAGUAGUUCGGCUUUUAUAUUGCUCAAUUUUAAUUUAUAUCAAAAGGAUCAUAUUAUUACAUUGGAAUGUGUAGAUUUGCUAUUGCGAAUUUAUGCUACCAAAGCACUUGAUUACCAAAUUCGUGAAUUCCCAGCCUCUUCGUCGGAGAGGGUCUCACAAUCGACAGAUAUGGCUUCGUUGGAUUCACUUUGUGGAGCUUUUGUGAUGCCACAUAAUGCACCGGGCAGAGAUCAAUGGGUGCAAGAUGACGAAGCUGCGCAUUGUAUGUGUUGCCGACGGGCAGUCUUUACAAUGCUCAUGCGACGUCAUCAUUGUCGUCGUUGUGGGAGAGUGGUGUGUUUUGCUUGUUCCACAAAUCGUAUGCAAAUUCCAGAGAUCUAUGAAGAUGUUGCUGUAAGAGUUUGCAAUGAUUGUGUUAAACAAACUCAAGAGCAUGAUGCUAAGACGAAUGCCAAUAAGUCUUCCAAUGCAAUAUCAGCAGAGAAGAAAUAUAAAUUCAGUGGUUAUGGUGAAGGAGAUCCUCGUUGGAAGCUAAGUGGAAAUAUAACCCAUGACAAGCUCUUGCGAGAGGAAUUUUGCUAUGAACAUGCUCCAAGUGUAGCUUUAUGUCUAUCCAUUUUAUCCUAUCACAGUGACAAUAGGAAAUGUGUAGAUCUAUUGCUCUUCCAUUGUGGAAAGUUGGAAAAACUUUUGGUUCCAAAUCCUGAAGUGGAUUAUGAACUUAUUGCCAAAAUGAUGAAUUGCCUAGCAUUGGCUGCCAAGGUCCGUGGAGGUCCUCCUGAAGUCGAAACAAUUCGAGAGCAUUCGGAUAUUAUAAUGUCUGUUGUUCAAAAUGGCUGUGAAGCCCUUAUUCCAGCUGGACCAUUAAACAAUCAAAAUCUCCGAAAACUAGCCGAUUCAUUAGUUCAAGUUGAAAAAUGGCAAUUGGCAUUGGAAAUUCACUGGAAAUGUGGUUUUCCAACUGCUGGUGUUAUGGCAGCACAUGGCUUAGCUUGUUUACGUGCUGGAAGCUUUGAAACUGCUAAAGAAAAACUUUCACAUUGCAUGACAAAACACUCAUCAGAGCAAGAAAAUUCAACGAUCAUAAAAAUAAUCUCAAAUGAUGCUGAAUUUGUAGACUUGAAUAAGAAAAUUGACAUUCCUACAAUUAAACGACCAAAUCGUAGCCCACCAUUGUUGCAUGAAGUAUUGAAAAUUAUUGAAUCUAUUCCAUGUUCUAAGCUACAGCCAGAGACUCUAGCGAGAGCGUCUAUAAUCCGAAAUUCGAAUACGUCUUUAGCGUCGCUGGUAUCUAAGCGUCGCGAUAACAUUCCACUGCAUGAACCAGCUAUAAAUAUUCUCAAUACUUUGGCUAAUCUAAAGCAAUUAGCUAAAGGUCAGUAUACUGAUAAUACGGCAUUGAACUCUCUCGACAACAAAAGGCAGAUUCUGAGACAGUCAAGAGUUUUCGAGGAAUGCCUUCAUUAUGUCAUAACUUAUGGAUCACAUUCGGAUAUUGUGGACUUUUUUAUAAGACACAAAGAACUAUCCACGGCUUUGAAGUAUUUCGUCAUUCAAGGACAAGAUGUGGAGUUAUUUAUUCAUCACAUAUUUCUGGGAUUCCUUCGAACUGGUUCAGUUGGAGAACUUAUUCAGGCGAUGAUUGAUAUCGAUGAACAUUUGGGUAUAUGGAAGGAAGCCAUACUUGGAACUUGUCGAUUUCUUGAAACUAAAAAUCUAUUAAAUUGCUUGUAUGAAUUGCAAAUAAUCCUUAAAGAUCCGGUGCGUGCAAGUAUGACUUGUGUGAAAUUUUAUUCUAUGAAUUGUCAGAAUUUUAAACAACUUCAUGCCAACGCCUUGCAUUUACAAAAUGCCCAUAGGCAUUUGCAAUCGGAAUUGGAGAUGAGUCAAUGGGAAAGGAUAAAUGUGGAUCAGCGCAAUAAGCAACAGCAAACUAAAUUCAAUUCGAUUUUAAUGCAAAUGGAUGCGAAAAGUUUGAAUGCCCAUAUCAAUACUCUGCUUCGGCAGAUGGAUGUUGCAAAGUUUUUGGCUCAGUGUGAGGAGGAGCAGCCGAUGGAGAAUGGAAUGUUAUUAACUGAGCAUAUAUUAAAGCAGAUUCGUAUUGAUACACAGAGCCUUCCAACGCUUUUCGAUUCACCUCAGGAGAAAAUUCAAAUUUGUAUUUUAAUUCUCCUCAGUGGGAAGAAUAUUGAAGAAGGAUUUGGAUUAGCUUAUCGAAUAAUUCAAAAUUACAAAUUACCUAUAAUGAAAGUAUUUGGUGCAACUGCCAAAUAUCUAGCUCGAAAUGGUCGUUUAGAAGAAACAGAACGACUCUUAAACUGCAUAAUUGGCAAUAAUGGUACAACAAAUCGUGAAAUUGAUGAAAUCCUAUCGAUUGCCAUUAAUUCGGCAACAAAUAAUCAUCAACCAGAGGUAAAAACUGCCUUGGAUAGUUUGGCAAAGAAGAUAAAUAGCUUGGAAUUAAGAAUAUCAAGUUAUAUAUUUAUUGGACAAUUGAAAUCGGCAUAUUUGUUAGCAAUACAGCAUAAUCGAUUGAAUGAUAUUAGAAAAAUAUUACAUCAAGCUGAGGCUACCAAUCAGGUGCAUAUAAAGAAAUUGUGUGAGAAAAAAUUGAGCAUGAGCAAGUAAUUUUUUUUGUGAAAGAGAGUGAAAGAAAGAGUUUUUUUAAUUGUUGAAUUUCUUAAAAAAAAAAAACAACAAAAUUGAAUGGAUUUGUUGUUUUUGAAAGGAGUUCUAUAUACCUAAAUAUGUUAUGAAUUUUUAAUUUUAAGUACUUAUACUCAUUUUAAGUUCUUUUUUGUUAAAAUUUUGUUUUCUUUCUUUGAAAGCAUUAAAUUCAUUAAAACGAUGUUUCGUUUAAUAUUUAUGGGGAAUUAUACAAUUAUGUAACAAAUAAAUAAGAAAACUAUA